AUGAACAAUAUAAUAAAAUUUCUCAUGAAAAAAGAAGAUAUGAAUAAAAGGAUUUUUAGUGUGCAGAUAGAUUCUAAAAAUUUUAUUAUGCCUAAUUUUUUGUUUAAAAAUAUUCUAAAAAUAUUAAUAAAUAUUGACUUAUAUGGUAAUAAGGCAUAUAAUAACUCGAACAGAUUCAAACUUAAAUUUGUAAAGUAUAAGGAAAUACAAUUAAUAAGAGAUUUAGCGGAAGUAUUCAAUUUUGCAGAUAAGGAUAUAUUAAAUGAUGCGGGUCUUACAAUAAAAGAGGUACAAUCACUGUAUAAUAUGAAUGAAACAAAAAAUGAAGAUACGGCACUUGAGGGGUUCUUUGUUGAUUCAAGACUUUUAUUUGCGAAAUUAGUGGAUUUAAUAUUUUUAAAAAAUUUUAAUGAAAAAUUGAAACAAGAGAAAGCUAGAGUAGAUUCUUUAUGUUAUGCGUUGUGGAUUAUGAAUAAUAAAAUAACGGGCUACAUGAAAAGUAUACGUGGUAAUGUAAAUAAUCAUAUCGAUUAUGUAUUUGACGAUCUUGAAUCCUUUGAAAGUGAAUUAAUUGCUUAUACAGACGUUGAUGCCUAUAUUAAUAUAAACGAACGUAGCCAAGAUUUAUUAGUUAAUAAACAGAAUGCAUAUGAUUAUUUCAAGAAAUCAGAAUUAAGUAAAAAAAUUAAAUUAAAGCCUAAAAAAUCCUUUACUUUUUUUAAUAAAUUACAUGAAAGAAAUAAUCAAUUUUUGUCUAAAAUUAAUAGACAAAUAUAUGAAUAUGACAUUGUUGUAUUUAGUAAUUUAGGUAAAACUGUACAGAGGUUUCCUUUGAAAUAUGUCACUGUAGUGACACAUUCAUAUAUGGAAAAUUUUCUUGCUCCAAUGAAAGGUAUUUUAAAUGCAUUUGCUUCAGCCAUAUUUAUUGAAAAUAAAAAGAAAGGAGUUAGUAUAAAUACUUCUCUCAAAGUAAAUAUUGAAUACUUGAAUUCCUUAAUUUCUGAUAUGCAUAGAAUAUUAGAUGCCACUAUAGCAUCAAAAACGCAUAAGUUAUUUGUAAGAAUAAAUAAGAUAUUAAAUGGUGAUAUAAAAUGCUUGAUAGCCAUUAUUAUAUUCAUACUUGAACAAGAUAGAUGUACGAAUAAGCUUAAAUUAGAUUAUUUGAAAGAUAAACACGGAGAUGAAAUAUUUAAUGAUAAAUUUUUGUCUCAUAUAUAUGAAUUAUUUUUACAAGAAAAAGAUGAUUUAAAAAAAUCCUUAGAUGAAUUUAAAACAUAUAUAAGGGCAAUUUUUGGAUUUACUGUGAAUAGUUCAGGUAUUAGAUCAUUAGUACAAAUGAUUUAUAAAUCAAAUGAGAAAGAUUUUAUAUUAAAACUAUUUCAUGUUAUUGUACACUCAUUAGGGUGCAAAAGGCAAUUAAAUUAUUAUUCAACUUUUUUAGAAAUGCUCAAAAGAAAUUCGGAAAGAAGCUUAAUUGUAAAAUUUAUAAACUUCUUUAAAGAACGAAAUGAAGUUUUAUAUAUUCCGAAAGCAAAAUCUAGAAAUGUAAUAUUAAGUUUUUUGGAUAUAUAUGACAAUAGCAACAUAUUUUUUGAACUCAAGAAUAUCAAUAUAAAGUUAAUUAGGCAAGCAUUAGAGAUGGAUUUUUCUGUAAGGAGAUUUAGAGGCUACGAUUGUUUAAUAAAUUUAUUAAUUAAAGAAUUAAGUAAAUUAAAAAAAAAUUUUAUUUAUUCCGAAGAAAAACGAAUAAACAAAAAUGCUAUUAUAUUUCUUCUGUAUGAAAUUAAGGAAUUUAAUAGCUAUAAGAAAUAUCGUUAUAUUAAAUAUACAUAA